AUGUACGGUGGCAUGAACGGCAAGCGCCUGGGCGAUGUGUGGGUGUUUGACACAGCCACACACACAUGGACACAAGCAGCCACAGGCACACACGCACACACGCCGUGUGCACGCUCUCUGCACACUAUGGUGGUGGUGGGUAGUCGUGCGUAUGUGUUUGCGGGGUGGUCGCCGGUGGUGGGUGGGGGGGUGGCUGGCGCAGCGGAGGAGUGGGAGUGCACCAAUUCCCUGGGCUGCUUGGAUCUGGGACUCAGAAUGAGAGCCUCGGUGUGA